AUGGUGGAUCAAUGGAAUUGGGAGAGGUGGCGCAGAUGGGCGGUCGUCGCCAGCGGCGCUGUCGUUGGGGACGGCGAGGCUGUUGCACCAGAGCUGGUCGUCGUCGUGCUGGUCGUCUUGAAGACGCCGAGCGCGGCCAAGAGGACGAGAAUAACCACGAUCACGACGAGGCCGAGGGCAAUUGUCAGCUUGACGUUCUUCCACCACAUGGCCCGCGAGAGGCUCUUGCCCGUGUUCCGAAAGACCUUGGCCUGUUCGCUGAGGUCGUUGGACUUUUGCUCGACCAUUUCCAUCUUCUCCGUGUUGGAGAGCACAACUUGGAUGUUCUCCUGCAUCGUGCUCUUGACAGCGUCGACUUGGGCCAUGACCUCGGCGAGCUUAUCGACCUUGGUGCGGUCGUCGUACGUCGUCGCGAUGACGCCAAGGCCCUUGGCACACUCCUUGUCGAGGCCGCCUUCUUUGACGGUCGCGAGCUUGGCCGCGAACUUGGCGGCCAUCUCUUCCUGGACGGCCGUCAGAAGCUUGAACGCGAGCCGCACCGGGUAG